AUGGACUCUUUGUCGUUAAAAUCACGAGAAUCAUCAAUAGCCAUAAAUAAUGUAUUAAUAAAUCCACAACAACAAAUAAGUCCACAACAUUCACAACAGCAACAAACCUGUUUAAAUAUUGCCCCGAUUAUUUCUGAAAAAUAUCAACAAUCUAAUUGUUCUCCCCCUCAAAGUCUUCAACAUUCACCAACUAUACAGACAUUAAAUUAUCAACAGAAUAAUAACAAUACAGGCAUUUUCUUUUCAAAAAGAGGGGGAAGUAAUUCUUUAGAAAUGGCAGAAACAUCUUUACCUUUAUCAGAAGGAGGAGAUGUAGAGGAAGAAGCAAUGCUUUUUAACUCCCCUUUUGGCCCUCGCCUUGCCAAUAUUAGUUUGUUGAUGCGAAAACUUGAAGGGACAACGGAAGAGGAAAGAUCAACGCCACCCCUACUUGCUAAUUGGUCAGUUCCACCUCCAGCUUCAGCAGAUUCUGGAAAUCCUGGAAGUAAUUUAGAACUAAGAGAAUCUCCUUCACUUUUCUCUGAUCCUUACAGGCUAGAUCUGCCUGGAUAG